AUGUCGACAUCAUUCAAGCACCAGCCGGUACCCUCUACAGAGGUAUUCAAGCCGAACCUGUUCCAGGGUAAGGUGAUUCUUGUCACGGGCGGUGGCUCAGGUAUUUGCUAUGGCAUUACCGAGGCGAUGAUGCGCCUGGGCUGCAAAGCGGCCAUUGUGGGGCGCAAGGCCGAUCGUCUCAACCAGGCGGCCGCCCAGCUCUCGAAGGACACAGGCUCAGAGUGUUUGGCUGUACCCGGUGAUGUCCGCAAAUUCGAGAUGAUGGAGGAUGUCGUGAAGAAGACGGUAGAGAAGUAUGGCAAGAUCGACUUUGUCAUUUGUGGUGCGGCUGGCAACUUUAUGGCUCCGUUGCAGGGCCUCUCUUCCAAUGCAUUCCGUACCGUGGUAGAGAUUGAUCUCCUCGGUACAUACAACACGGUUCGUGCGACCAUGGAGGAAGUGAAGAAGGCCCAUGGUACCUACUUGCACAUCUCGGCGACGCUGCAUUACUCGGGCUUGCCCUGGCAAGCAGCCCCGUCUGCCGCCAAGGCUGGUAUCGAUGUUUUGUCCAACGUCAUCGCUGUGGAAUUGGGACCCUUCGGCGUGCGUAGCAACUGCAUUGCGCCUGGCUUGAUUCUUGGUACCGAAGGCGCGGAUCGUCUUGUGCCCAAGGGCGGUGAAGAUAUGGUGGAAGCGUUUAUUCCGCUGCAGCGCGCUGGACACCGCACGGACAUUGCGAAUGCCGGUGUGUUCUUGUUUAGCGACGCAGCGAACUGGCUCACUGGCCAGGUGAUUCUCACUUAA